AUGAUUGCGAUCGGUCUGGAGGGCUCUGCCAACAAACUAGGCGUAGGCAUAAUCCUACACCCAGCCAAAGGCAAAGGCGACCCGCAGAUCCUCGCAAACAUUCGACAUACGUACGUCUCCCCUCCGGGCGAGGGUUUCCUACCGAAAGACACGGCCAUCCACCACCGCUCGCAUGUCGUGUCACUCGUGAAGCGAGCAUUGAAAGAAGCCGGCAUCAAAACUGCCGAUGUUGACUGCAUAUGCUAUACCAAAGGUCCUGGCAUGUACGCCCCGCUCCAGUCCGUCGCCAUCGCGGCGCGAACGCUGUCACAGCUCUGGUCCAUCCCCCUCGUCGGCGUCAACCACUGCAUUGGACACAUCGAAAUGGGCCGCGCCAUCACCGGCGCCUCCAACCCCGUGGUGCUGUACGUAUCCGGCGGCAACACCCAGGUCAUCGCGUACACGUCCCAGCGGUACCGCAUCUUCGGCGAGGCCCUCGACAUCGCAGUUGGCAACUGCCUCGACCGGUUCGCGCGCACGCUGCACAUCCCCAACGACCCGGCGCCGGGCUACAACAUCGAGCAGCUCGCCAAGUCGGGCCGUGUCCUCGUGGACCUCCCGUACGCCGUCAAGGGCAUGGACGUCAGCUUCUCCGGAAUCCUCGCGAGGGUCGACGAGCUCGCCGCGCAGAUGUACGCCGGCACUCUGGACGUCACGCCCGCGGACCUGUGUUUCUCGCUGCAAGAGACCGUCUUUGCCAUGCUCGUCGAGAUCACCGAGCGCGCCAUGGCCCACGUUGGUAGCAACCAGGUCCUGAUCGUGGGCGGUGUAGGCUGCAACGAGCGCGUGCAGGAGAUGAUGGGCCUCAUGGCUCGUGAGCGCGGCGGCAGCGUCUACGCAACCGACGAGAGGUUCUGUAUCGACAACGGAAUCAUGAUUGCCCACGCCGGAUUACUGGCCUAUCAGACGGGAUUCACCACGAGUCUCGAGGAAAGUACGUGCACGCAAAGAUUCAGGACCGACGAGGUCCACGUUGCGUGGAGGGAUGAUUGA